ACCAGAGGCCAGCUGAUCAUCACGGAGAGAGCUAGGCUGACAAGAUCACGACCAUCGCAUCGACCUAGGCUUCUAAUCCUGCACAAUAAACAACGAGGUGUCGGUGUUGUGUGUUGUAGUUUAAUUAAAUAGAAUAAAAGAUAACGUAUCAGAGUUUAUUUGAGGAAAGGUCAGUAAACAGAAGAUCGCAAUCAUCGACCAAAGGACGAGAAGAUGUCUGGAAAAGAGAGGAUCGACGUUUUCCCCUCCAGAAUGGCUCAGACCAUCAUGAAGGCUCGGCUCAAAGGGGCUCAAACAGGCCGCAACCUGCUCAAAAAGAAAUCUGAUGCCCUCUCCAUGCGCUUCCGUCAGAUCCUCCGCAAGAUUAUUGAAACUAAGACUAAGAUGGGAGAGGUGAUGAGAGAGGCGGCCUUCUCAUUGGCUGAAGCCAAAUUUGCAGCUGGAGACUUCAGCACAACUGUAAUCCAGAAUGUCAACAAAGCCCAAGUGAAAGUCCGUGCCAAGAGAGACAACGUGGCAGGUGUCACGCUCCCAGUUUUUGAACACUAUCAAGAAGGCGGGGACAGUUAUGAGCUGACUGGUCUGGCCAGAGGAGGAGAGCAGCUCUCCAGGUUGAAGAGGAACUAUGCCAGAGCUGUUGAGCUGCUGGUGGAGUUGGCCUCCCUACAGACAUCUUUUGUCACUCUGGACGAAGCCAUAAAGAUUACCAACCGCCGUGUGAACGCUAUUGAGCACGUGAUUAUUCCCCGGAUUGAUCGCACCCUCACCUACAUCAUCACAGAACUGGAUGAGAGAGAACGAGAGGAGUUCUACAGGUUGAAGAAAAUCCAAGAGAAGAAGAAGCAGCUAAGGGAAAGGACAGAAUUAGAGAUUGCCGAACGCCUGGCUAAACUGGGUCCCAUCGCAGAGCCCACCAACAUGCUGACAGAGGAGACGGAUGAAGACAUGCUGUUCGAGUGAAGUGCUCUCAAGGCAGACAAGCCCCCGACUUCACCUAACAUCCUAUUUAUUCUGUGCCUCUAAGGCCAUGUCUAUGUCUUAUCGUGCAAGUGAUGAAAGUUGUUUUCUGUGUACUUGUCUGUGAUGAUUUGUUCUAUUGCCUCAGUGCUGGAAGGUACGGUGUGUUUCCAGAUUUCAUCACUGUACAGAACCAAGGUGUCGUCUCACGUGGCUGUUUACCCACAAGGGAGUCAGUUCACUAUUCACUGGUUUGAGAGUGAAUAUUAAAGAAGCAUUUGGUGUGAUUUACUGAUUAACCUGUAUAUAUUUCGAGUUCCUCACAAGAUUCAGAUCCAUUGCAUGCUGUGAAGCUUAAGGUGGUUGUAAAUUUCAAAGUGUGUGCAUCUGUGUUGUGGAGGUUGGUGUUACCUCAUUUGAGGAUGUUUACCAUUGAACCAGAAAACCCUAAGGUUGCCCUGCUGUAAAACUUGCAAGUGAACAAAGCCCCAAACUUCAAUCAAAUAAAUAUGUUAUCAG